AUGGCGGAUCGAACGCGGACAGACUUUAGAUCGACUUGGUGCGAUCCGAAAGCAUGGGAGGUCCUGGAAGUCAGCCUGCGGAAUGAAUGCGGGAUCUCCCUGUGCAUCCUCUUCGUGCUCUCAAAGAUGGGUGUCGUCGACGCCAUCAGCCAGAGUCAGGAGAAGCUACUUUUGAGCUUCGCCACCGAGAAGGAGAAGCUUAUGCUGGAAAAGGCUGAGAGUUGCGGACGGCGCCGGCGACCUUCCACGGAGGAAACAUGCGGCGGUUCCAUCGUCGGGUCUUCCGCCGGCUGCGUUUGCGUGCUGUGGUGUCAAGUGAUUGUUGGAAGCAGGUGUGGAGGAUGUCUCAAGUCGCUUUUGCUUCGAGUCUUCAACUGUUUUCAUUUGCGCCGGUUUGUUGGGAUGGCCACGUGA